AUGGCUUCUAUCGCACUCAAGCUCGCAGCAGGAGGACUAGCAGGCGCAGCAGCAGGAGUCGCAUUCUCGCCCUCUCUCCGCGCAGACUCGCCCGCACAGCCAGGCGCUUUCGCCCGCCCCGCCGACCCCGAAACCAUCCGCUCAAAGCUCUCGAUCUACGACUCGCCGCCCGCACCUGCCGUCCUCGUCCCCGUCAAGUCUCCCCUCCAAGACGAGGUCGCCUCGGCCCGUCUCGCAGCGACAGACGUCCUCGACCGGGUCAAGAGCCAGACGGAGGAUGCGAGGAGCACGUGGUUGAGCUGGGAGAAGCGGGGAGAGCAGGCGGUCAAGUCGGUCGUGUCGGACAAAGACCAGCUGAACCCGAACGCCUUCUACGUCGCCGUCUCGACCCUCGCCGGCUCCAUCAUCGGCCGAAACCGCAUCCUCCUCCGCCUAACCCUCCCCCCAGUCUUCCUCCUCGCCUCAACCUCCUACUUCCUCCCCAACUCAUGGCGCCUGAUCUCCGCCCACCUCGGGAUCCCCGAACAGUACCGCGAUGUCAAGGGGUGGGUGGAUGCGCAGGCGCGCAAGGCGGAGGGCGUCAAGAGGGAGGUCGAAGAGAAGAGGAGGGUGUAG